UUGACAUUAGAGAUAGAUUGAUCAUCAAUCUGCCUAGGAAAGGAUAUAUAUACUCUUUACAGAUCAAUAAUCUGUGGAAUGUUUUAUAGAGGAAGAUCACCACUACUUUAGAUACCUGUGAUAUGGGUGUUGGAUUUUAUACUUAUAAACGGAAUUUUUAAUCAAUAACUACUUAAGCAUUUAUCUUGCUCAAAAAAAAGUUGUUAAUUGAUUUCCACAUCCGGAUUAUUGCCAAUAAUACAUAAAAAAAGCUUUCUAUGAUUGGAAGUAUGCGACAUCGUGGUCCUACUACUACCUCAGAGCUUUCACCUGGUUUAUAUAUGGAUAAACAUUGUGCGGAGACACCACCAAUGCUAGUUGGUGAUUCCACAAAAUCUGAUGUACACCCGUCAAAUGGAUUAUACAACAGUACAUCUGCUGUAAGUACUUCUAAAGCCUCUAGAAUCCCUUCAACAGCAGCAGCACUAUCACGUAUGCAUUCAUCCACGAAUACAAACAAUUGUUUCUCACAUCCUAAUCGUGUUCAACGCCAAGAUUUUAAGUCGAAGUAUCCAAGUCAAACAACUGGUUUGAUGAAUACAUCUCAGGAGAAGACGACAACAACCAGUAACAAAUCUGGUAGAUAUAUGAAUCAACGGAAAUUACGUAAAAAGGGUAGCAGUAGUGGUAGUAGUAAGCGUGAAACACGAUUUCAAAUGAAUGGAAGUACCGAUCAAAAUCUGCAUUCACUGAAAGUGACUAUUCGAAGGACGUAUAAUUCUAGUGAAUUGGAAAAUGGUGUUUGUGCAAUUGUAAAUACACCUGAGGAGAAUAAUGCUAAUAAUAAUAAUAAUACUAAUAAUAAUAUUGGUAAUAAUAACCAUGAAUCUUUGCAUCGAUCAUAUAAUCCUGUGAAUAGUAUACAAACAGAGCAUUGUGAUUCUCAACAUUUGAACGGGAAAUUAAAUACUAAGGAUUUAUAUAACCUGAGAGGUUUGUCUACUACUCUCAAAGAUUCUCGUGUAUAUGUUGAUUCGUCAACGUCUACUGUUGACAGCGCCACACUGACUGAACCGAAUCUAUUGGGUCCGUGUGAACCGGGUACAAAAAUUAUUGUAGAAGGUGUUGUCUGGAUGGAGGCUACAGGAAUGCUUGUUCUAAGUCUUCAUUGGCGUGGGCGUAAUUAUAUGGGUACUUUAUUGGAUUCAUCUAAGCAAACAUUUGCGCCAACAUGUAUGGAUAAAGGUGUAGCCAGUGCAUUAAAUCUUCUCCGUGGACGAAAAGCCUGGUGUGAUACAUCACAAAGAGGUUAUCAAGCUCGUGGUAUUCAUCACUUUCAUCAUAUGCGUCAUCAUCGUCGUGGAGGUGGUAGCGGUGUUGGUGCUGGUGCUGGUGGCGGACAUGGUGUAGGCGGUUCAAUGACGACACGAUCAGCAUCUGCUGCUGCUGCUGCAGCAUCACAAGACUCAACAGAGACAGAUGUCGACUCGAAAGAACAACAACAACCUACAAAUCCUGAUCCUUAUUCAACAGAUUGUAUAGACCAACCUUAUAUGGUUCCAGAAACAACUUUUAAUAAUCAUAAUAAUCAUAAUAAUCUUGGUAAUAAAAGAACUCUUCCACCUUCUGACAUUCCUCAACGUGGUGCUAAAGGACGUAGACGUCGUGGUGCCGGUGGUGGCGCUGGUGCUGCUAGUCGACGACCAAUAAUACAUCAUUCAGUUAACACUGGUCUAUCUCUUUCUGAUGAAAAUCUUUCAACUUCUUCUGAAGUCAAAUCAUCAGCACCAAUUGAUGAUAAUGUUGUUGUACAUAAUUCCGAGACUCCUCCUCCUAUCACUGAUAGUACAACUGGUGAUUCUGAUUCAACAACUAGUAGCCAUCUUCCAUUGAAUUGUCCAUUUAUUGAUUGUAAAAAACGUUUCUCUGAUAUUUUAAGUAUGCGAUAUCAUUUUACUCUAGGGCAUAGUAUACAAAAAACGAAUGAUACUGAAUCAUCGAUGAGCUCAAUGAAAACUGAGAAGAAUACUGUCGUUAUCGACAAUCAUCAUGAUGAUGGUGUGGAUGGUGUUGAUCACUAUGCAGAAGAUGAUGAUGUGGAAAUAUCGAUCUGUGAUAUAUCUGCCAGUUCAUCCUCUCCACCACCAAAAUUGGCUAGAGCACAUGUUAUUAAGGAUAGAAGUAGUAGUGAUAGCAAUGAUACAAGCCUGCUGCUCAUUAAUGGAGAUGAAAAUGAUGAUAAUAUUGAACCACCGAAACUUCAUCGUGUCAUUUCCAUACCUGAUUCUUUCACUGGUGUCGGUGUCCAUCCGACAGGGAUAGGCGAUUCAACAACGUCGAAAUUUGAUACUAUUAAUAACCACAUUAUUAUUACUCCUACCACUAGUAAUAAUCAUAAUAAUAUUGUGUCAGAUAUUCCAGACGAUGAACCUCCAGCUGCAAGUCCUGCCUAUUCAGAUAUAUCUGAUGAUGGUACAAUCUCCUCUACAACAACUAAUAUUCCUAUUUUAAAUGUUGCCAGAGCAACAAUUGAUGUGCAUAGUUCCCGUGAAUCAUUACUCUCCAAUUCUCCGUCUAUUCUCUCUUCAAAUCUAUCUAAUCAACCGUCAUUAUCAUCUCAAGGAUAUAUUGAUGUAUCUAGACGGCUUAAUCUUUCACCGUUAAUUCUUUCCGCUUGUUCUCCAACGCUUCUUGGAGCUGGUACUGGAGAUUCAAGUAAACUCUAUCUACCGGCAAAUAUAUUCCCAUCGAAUUUAAAAGGUGGUGUCAAUAGUAUUUUCUAUCAAAAUCCCCCUGCAACAGUCAAGUGUGUAGAUAAACAAAAUAUAGAGAAUGGUUGUUUAAAAUCAUCGAUUGGAAAUAAUUCUACGAUAAGCUUUAAUGAUAUAUCAAGUCCUCAAUCCUCUUCUGCCAUCAAUGGCAUUUCAUUGCCUCCUGCUCCUGCUUUGAUUCCUCCUCAGUCUUUAUCUAACCAUCAGCAUUAUCCGAAUUCCAGUCGACCAUUGACAUUUUUGUCUGUUUCACCUGGAUUAAUCAAUGAACAAAAUACGCGGCCGUCGUCGACAGGACCGCUUAUAUCUAAUCCCCCGUAUACAUUUUGUGUUUCGAGAAAUUCUCCUAUCCCACCAUUACCCGGUGUUUCCGAUCAAAGAAUAUUAUCACCGCAUAAUACAAAUCAUAAUCAUCAUUCUUCAACUUCUCAUCGUCAACCGCCUACAAUGUCAUGA